AUGGCAUCCGAGGAUGCGCCGUUCUCCGCCACCUUCCGAGGACAGCAGGCCGACGCCGCUCUCGCCGCGGCCCUCCUCACCGCCAAGUCGGAGGCUUCGGCCGCCCAGGAGCGGGUCCGUGUGGCUGCCCUCGCCUGGGAGCGCGAGCGCGCCACGGCCGACGCACUCGCUCUCCGGGUCGUCGAGGCGGAGCGCUACCUCCGCAUCUCCUCCGGCCAGCCUGUCGACCCUGAGCACGGCACCUCCUCCUCCUUCCAGGCCCCGUCCGCUGGAUCUGGAGCCCGGUACGACCCGACCGACCCCAUGGUCGCCCAGCUCCACCUCCAGGCAGCCGGCGUCCAGAACAUCAGGGCCCUGGUCUCCGUCCUCCUCGACCCCGCGUCCUCCUCCUACAGCCGCUGGCGGGACCAGGUCCUCCUCACCCUCCGCCGCUACGCCCUCGACGACCACGUCCUCGUCGACUCGCCGAUCGAGGCGCGGGACGUGGCGUGGCUGCGUCUCGACAGUGUCGCCAUGUCCUGGAUCUUCGGGACCAUCUCCCUAGAUCUUCAGGACCUCGUCAGGACCCACGGCGGCACUGCACGACAGGCUUGGGUGGCGCUCGAGGGGCAGUUCCUUGGCAACGCCGAGUACCGCGCCCUCCAUCUCGAUGCCACCUUCCGCACCUUCGUCCAGGGGGACCUCUCCGUCGGUGAGUACUGCCGGCGGAUGAAGAGCAUGGCUGAUGCUCUUCACGACCUCGGGGAUCCGGUGUCCGAUCGGGUCUUGGUGCUCAAUGUCCUAUGGGGCCUGAGCAGCACCUACGACCACCUGAAGUGCUGGAUCACCCGCCAGAGGCCCUUUCCCACCUUCCUGCAGGUCCGGGACGACCUCGCCCUUGAGGAGAUCACCAGGGGUCUCGCGCCCGGAUCCUCCUCACCCAGCCCCGCCGCGCUUGUUGCUGCUCCACCGGCCUCCUCCGCUGCUCCUGUCACCUCCCUCCUUGGGGCUGCUUCCGCCAGGCAGACCGGGGGAGGGGGAGGCCGUGGACGUCGCCGGCGACGAGGUGGUGGUGGUGGCACUGGUGGCCCUGCUCCUGGGGAUACUGGUGCCGGUGGGGGCCGUCGGAGCGCGUCGACCUCGGCUCCCGCUCCUGCCCCUGGAGGUACACCCUGGCCAUCCUUCAGCAACCCAUGGUCAGGGCGCAUCUCGAUGUGGCCGCUCCAGGGUCCGGCGGGGGGGCUUCGUCCUCAGCUCCAGCCGGCGGCCAUGUUCACUGGUGCCGCUCCAUUCUUCGCGCCGUCCUGGACCCCGCCCGCUCAGCCUAGCCAGCAGCCGACCUGGCCUGGGGGGUGGGACCAGGCCGCUCUGGCGCAGUCCUUUAGCACCAUGGGACUGACCCCACCGGUCAGCACCGAGUGGAUCGCCGACUCGGGCGCCUCGUUCCACACCACUCCUGACGCCGGAUUCGGCUUCCCGGCGUCCACUUCUCCGUUGUGA